CCUUCGGCGGCUUUGCUCCUGAGGGGAAAGGGAGCUGGAGCAGCGCCCCUCGCGUAGGCUCAGCCGCACGGCUGAGGGCCGGUGCUCGGCGCUGUGCAAACCCCGCCAUCGCGUCGCCGGUGCGAGCUGUAUUGGAGCCGGCCUGCCCGCCUCGGUGGGCUCCCGCGGGCAGCGGACAUCGCAAGUGGUUUCCUUUUGGCUGCGGGAGGGUUGGGGUCUUACAGCGCGGGGCCCGUGCUCAGAAGUCGUUCCUGUAGUCGUGUGUUUGCGGCGGGUACUCUGGGUGUGAGGGAUGAUGGAGAAUAGAUGACUUAGAUUUGGAGAUGAUGCGCCAAGCCUGUUUGUAGUCUUAAAGUUUCAAAUCUUGAAGUUGUAGCGUAAAAAUACAGGGAAACUCUUUAUACUACCGCUGUUUUCUGCAGGUUUUGAUUUCUCAAGAGCGAUUGCCAUCUCUCAAGCUGAGGAAAUUUGAUGUUAGUGGCUUCCUCCUCAUUUUCUGAAGCCCUAAACUCUCUCCUGUGGAUCACCUUUUUCUGUCAAUUAUGCAAGCAGAAUUAUGCAAAAGCAGUGUUUUCUUCUAAACUCUGGCUCGAUGGGAGCACGGCUGGCUGGAUCCCAUGUUGAUGCACAGGAGCCUAAGACUAAUCCUUUGAUAACUAUUUCAGAUGAGCCAGAAACACUGUACAAGAGAUUGUCCCUUUUAGUUAAAGGCCACGAUAAAGCUGUGUUGGACAGCUAUGAAUAUUUUGCAGUACUUGCAGCUGAAGAACUUGGCAUCUCUGUUGAAAAAGUACAUAAACCUCCGAAGAAGAUAGAACGAUUGACACUUUUAAAAUCUGUACACAUUUACAAGAAACACAGAGUUCAGUAUGAAAUGAGAACACAUUACAUGUGUUUGGAGUUAAAAUACCUAACAAGCAGUACUGCUGCAGUUUACUUGGAGUAUGUUCAACGAAACUUACCUGAAGGGGUUGCCAUGGAAGUAAAAAAGACUAAGAUAGAGAAAAUACCUGAACACAUUCAGGAGCCAGUCUGGGAUACACGACCUCAAGUAGAAGAAACUGAAGUCAAGUCAUGAACUCACCAGGUACUUGGCUCCAAUAGUGCUGAAAUUGGUUGCUCCCAUCAACCUAAUUUACUGAGACAGUCUACUGUUAAAUAAAAGUUCUUUUAUAAAGUAA